UGGUCCUGUGUGGCAACAGGCAUCUCCUGAGACCCAACUAUUUUAAUGCGCAGAAGAUUAAAUAUGCCAGUGGAGGCAGGCCCUACAGCACUCUGCGUCAUUUCGAGGCUGAGGCGGGGUUGUGAGAGCGCUGUGAAUCUCCGACACCGACACGGACUCUCCGACAUUUGUGACCGGAGUCAAGAGGACCGUGGUCGUCUACUCCUCGUGCUUUGGCGUCUUCUCCUAUCUGUAAUCCUUCUGCUUCCCAUUUCUUUAUAGACCCCCUCUUUGGAGCUUUCUUCUCGGAUCCAAAACGCUUCUACCUCGUGUAAGAUAGAACAACAAGAAGGGAAAGAUCUCUCUUUGGAGGAAAUCCGCACGUUCCGUUAGACGGUUUCGGUAGAUCUUCGUCUCUGCACAGCGUUCAAUCUUGGAUCCUGGGAGUUGCUUCUUCUUCUUGUGAAAAUGGUGCGAUGGCGGCUGGCGGCGACGGCACUGUUAGCUAUUUUCCUCACGGUUCUGAAAGGCGGCGCCUUUGUCGUGGCGGAAGAGGAGCAGACGUGCUCCGGGAUAGUGCCUAUGAAGAACCGGGGGGAGGUGGUGUCGAUCACUGACUUCGGAGGGGUCGGGGACGGGCGGACGCUCAACACGGCGGCCUUCAAGAGCGCCGUCUUCCACAUUGAGCAACGGAAAGUGCCGGAGGGAUCCCUUCUCUACAUCCCUGCUGGAGUCUGGCUCACCGAAGCCUUCAACCUGACCAGCCACAUGACGCUCUUCCUCGCUGAGGGCGCCGUCAUCAAGGCCACCCAGGACACAGUGAAUUGGCCACUGAUUCAUCCUUUACCAUCUUAUGGAAGAGGACGAGAGUUACCAGGUGGCAGGUAUAUGAGUUUGAUUCAUGGCAAUGGACUUCAGGAUGUUACCAUAACAGGUGAGAAUGGAACAAUUGAUGGGCAAGGUGAUGUGUGGUGGAAUAUGUGGAGACAGAAAACUCUACCUUUUACUAGGCCGAAUCUGCUGGAACUCAUGCACUCUACAGAUAUCAUCAUCUCUAAUGUGGUCUUCCGGGACUCACCUUUCUGGAACAUUCACCCUGUCUAUUGCAGCAAUGUGGUGGUGAAAAAUGUGACUAUCCUGGCUCCAUAUGAUUCUCCUAAUACCGACGGAGUGGAUCCAGAUUCAAGCUUGAAUGUUUGUAUCGAGGACUGUUACAUUUCAACAGGGGAUGAUUUGGUGGCUGUGAAGAGUGGUUGGGAUGAGUACGGCAUUGCUUAUGCUCGUCCUAGCUCUGGAAUAAUCGUCCGGCGAUUAACAGGUUCCAGCCCCUUUGCUGGCUUCGCUGUAGGGAGUGAAACUUCCGGUGGAAUAGAGAACAUCUUGGCUGAGAACUUAAAUAUAUUCAAGACCGGUGUUGGGAUCCACAUAAAGACCAAUUCUGGCAGAGGAGGAUUCAUAAAAAACAUAACUAUCUCAGAUGUUAAUCUGAGCAAUGUUCGCAAGGGACUGAGGAUCGCGGGGAAUGUAGGAGACCACCCCGAUGACAGAUACGACCCGAAUGCUCUUCCUGUUGUCGAUGGAUUGACAAUCAAAAAUGUGUGGGGCGUGCGCAUCCAGCAACCUGGUUCAAUACAGGGUAUCAAGAACUCUCCCUUCACUCAAAUUCAUCUUUCGAAUGUAAAGCUCGAUGUGGCUUCGCCACGGGGAGUAGCAUGGGCAUGUGCCGAUGUGAGUGGCGGUGCUCUCGACGUUCAGCCAUCGCCUUGCGCAGAGCUGACCAUCACAAACGGCAUGAGCUUUCGUAGUGGUGCUCUCUGAUGUUCAUUUGUUUAGGGAGGUUACAUUUGCUUUACCUAUUCAGCAAACGUGAGUAAAAGAUUGUAGCUUCUAUGUUCAAUGACAUUCAUGUUUUCAGUGUUUCUUUAAUGUUGGGAAACCAAACUAUUCUAAGCCACUGAUGUCUGGUUAGGAUCAUGGUCUUCAGGCAAUAAAACGUUUUGAAGAA